AUGCCGUGCAUAGUGCAGUGUGACGAUUUUAAUGAAACCAUGGUGCGAGCUGUCAUCGAGGGUUUCAAUACAGAUAUGGUGAAAGUACUUCACAUUGAUCACGGUCAUUUCAGUGCAGUCCAACACAGCGAUCUGUGGUCAAUGGAGGAUUUGCCAGAAGGUAUUCGAAAGCAUCCGGCACUAGCGAUACCGUGUAUUCUGGAUUCUAUCAACGAACUGAUGCAAUCAGAUGGCUCAGUUCUUUGCGCAGUGAAGAAGGUUCCCGACAAUGAGUGGGAGCUUCGUGUUUUGUUCAAGAAAAAACGCGACCUGGAUGGCGUUUGGGUGGUCGAAAUAAUCGACGAACAGCACGCUGACAUAUCGUUUGCCUAG